GCAGAGGUUUGAAUGUUGAAGGCUGGAAGGUUCCGGGCAGAUAUUUGUUGGAGUGGAAGCAUCAUCAUCAUCAUCAUCAUCAUCAUGUCCGCCUCACAGAUUCUUAUGCUACUGUGUUGUCUUCCUUUGGCAAGCUGCUUGCAGUGUUAUACCUGUCUAUUUCCCGCCAUCUCGCCGCUGGAUUGCCUGAAGUUUCCGCAAGAGUGUCCCGUUGGACAGCGCUGCCUGUCCAGUGUCGCAACGGGAAAACGAGGCGCCCUUCAAGUGACCAUGUACGAGAAGAGCUGCGCCAUUCCCUCCCAGUGCGGCGUGAGCGGACAGAAAUACGCCAGCGGCCUCUAUUUCAACUACACUAACGUUUGCUGCAACACAGACCUGUGUAACGGGGCUGCUGGCGCCCUCAGGUGGGGGGGAGGAGCCACGCUCUGCCUGCUGCCCGCACUCAGCCUCCUGCUGGCCUGAUACAGUAUGGCAUCCCGGCUCAUGGAGAACGUCGUCGUCGUCAUCUAGGGAGGAAAAUGACUGUAAAAACAUGAAAGCAGGCCACUCGUGAAAUGAUUAUAAUUUUUAUUUAAUCUGUUUAAUUUGUGUUAGAUAACAAUAAUUGUGACUUGAUAAAUGGUCUAAUAAUAAACUUUUGUUCUCGUAAUAUUCUGACUUUUUUU